AUGAAGCUAGAACUAUUUAUAUUACUAUUUACUAUAUUAUAUAGGAUUGAGCUGGUGUCGGCAGAGUGUAAUAUACCAAUAGUUUUGAGAAACUCAUGGUUUUCUUUUGAAAAUGGUCAACAAACAACGACUGAUAUCAAUGCUUACGAAAUGACUGGCAGGGGUUUAUGUGUGAAUAUAAAAGCUGAGUCUCAGUCAAACUAUACUAUGGUAUUUAAAUAUACAAAGUGCUACUAUUGUGUAAAGCUUGUUGUUCGUACUGUAAAUGUUCUGGAGAAGAUUGAAAGUCCCUGUGUAGAUUUAGAACCUCAUGAAGAACCAACUGUGGAGCGUGUUUGCAAAAAUCUUAAUCCUGACCAGUAUUUCAUAACCUUGUUUGCUGAAAAUUUUGUUCCUGUUAAUUGUCGAUCUUCUUUAGAGGGAGUGUGGCAGUUUACAUAUCAAAACCGAUUUAGAUUCACAGGUGAAUGUAGCCACCCGGAAGCACAGAUAAAGUCUUGCCAGACAGCUGGAACACAGUUCUUGAUAACAAAUCAAAAGUUUAAUAUCACCUAUAGAAAGUGCCCUGGAAUGUCAGGCACAUUUGAAGGAGUUGUUGAAUACAGUUGUUUAGGGCAUUGGUUUGUUAAUAAGAAUCAGUUCUUUGCUGUUGCCAACACUAAGGAGUCACGUAAAGAUGAGAGAUACCGCUGCUUCUUGAGAAACAGAGAUGAUGAUUUGUUUAUUGGAGCAUCGAUUACACCCGAAUGUAGCAGUUUGAAAACAGUGGAAAAAUCUCCUGAAAGAUACAAGAUUACACCUGUUAAGGCUGAAGUAGUAGAACCUGGGUGUCGAUUGCCACAAAACUUCUCAGGCGAUUGGAUAAAUACGGCAAACAUUGACGCUGAUGUAUUUAUAAACGAAACCCACAUUAUUGAAACGUAUUAUCCCGAUGAAGGACGGUACAGACGAACUAUUUAUGUUUGCAGGGAACAACGUGACAGUAGAGUGAUGAUGGCCCGUUUGACAGUUGACGGUUGUCAAAAGGAUUAUGUAUGCUUUGACUUUGUCCCGCAACAUCACAACGUUAUAAGAUAUCGUAAAGGAUUAGCCAUGACACAGAACAACUUCCACACCGUAUGCUCCUGGGUACAAUUCCAGAACAAACGAAAUUGGCGUUAUGAUAUCUUCCUGAAGAAAGACCCAACACCGAUAAGAUGUCCUGUUGCAGGGAAAUUUAAUUUUACCCAAAAAGGAGAUGUAAAGUUUGAAACUAGGAUACUCGGUGGUGUUACAUUAAGUCCCCGACCUAAUUUGUACUGUAAAAUCAAUAUAAGCGAUUUCUCUGUGUGCGAUGUUGAUCAGAAAACUGUACAAAUAAAGGAAAAUUAUUGCCUUUCGGUGGAUCAUUUGGGUAGACCGGUGGAUAUAUACAGUGAUCCCGAUUAUAAGAUGAAGUGUAUUGGCUAUUGGAAGGAGAAUUUGAAGUCAUACCUGAUAACAUAUGAUGAACUUGAUCCGUUUUCAAAGUAUAGAUGCUGGGUGUACCAAAGAGCUGAUCUUAACAGAGUACUUAUGUCUCAAGCACUCGGAGCUUACUGUGAUUUGAAACAGGAUGUGACGUCAUGGAACUAUACAGAGGGCGCUGCAGUAGCCGUUGAAAUGGAGGAAUAUGAAAGAGAGAGGGAUCAGUGCCCGAUGCAUUUUGAUGAUGGAAGCGAUCCUUGGUCGACGAAAGAGAGUUUUAUUAAAAUAUUCUCUUUCUCAUAUUCAUUUUGGAGAAGAAAUGCAGCUGCAACAUUACUUGCAGCUAAUGUAAUUUUCAUUUUAAGUUUAAGUACAAUACUCAAGUGCCUUACCUAA